AUGCGGCAACGCAGACGGCGCCAAUCUGAAAGUGUAGAGGAACGAAGGGAACGCCUUUUUGAAAAUGCGCAGCGCCAGCAGAGGCGCAGACAAUCUGAAAGCGUUGAGGAAAGAAGUGGACGUCUGCUUGAAAAUGCUCAGCGCCAGCAAAGGCACCGCCAAAGCGAAGAUGCGACUCGACGCUCUGAACGCUUGAUUUUGAAUGCUCAUCGCCAACGAAGGCAAUGUCUCAACGAUAGCCACGAACACCGAAUCCGGCGAUUGCACGCCGAUGCUGAGAGGCAGCGGCGGCGGCGUCACGCUCCAGUAGAGACGAUUGGUCUAGCGCUUAGAACCCAAACAGCAGAAACUAACUACUUGGGGGAAAUGAAUUGUCGUUGUGUAAACUGUGGAGCGCGACACUUUUCGUUCGAAGUGAAAGAGCAAAUCUAG